ACCAUACUUGGUUUUAGCCAGUCGUUUUCGACAAAUCCUCAAAAGAAAGAAAAUGAAUCCCGCCGCCGAAUCGACGAGUGAUGACGACGAUUGGUUUACCAAGGAUAUUGACGAUUUUGUGGUUGAAAUUCGGCCAAAUGCGCCGGAGAAAGUAGCCGAUGAAAAGGCGGAACCGGAUGUGGCGGAAGGUUACUCGCAGCUGAACAUCAACCUCACGAAGCUUUACCCUGACUCUGAUGGCAACUACUUCGUUCCAACUCACCAAGAUACGGCUUAUGCAACCACAUCUAAAACACGUUUCAAUCUACCGAAGUAUCGAGCAGAGUACAUACAAAAAAUUCCCAUUUCGAAGCUGACGACGCUGGCAGAUAACAAGGCUGAUUCGGUGUUCCUGGACAUCCACAUCCAAAAACGAGAGUUCAUCAGAAGAAUCACCCAGCAUUCGCUUAGCGAUGAUCUGUUGCUAGUUAUCAUGAAGAUAAUGAAUCGAAUUGGGACACUCCCGAUGGACGAGCACAAUGGGGAGUUGUUUUCGGUGCUGGCCGAUCAUGAAGCUUUCUGGAACCAUUUGGUAGAAUUUUUCAAAAAAAAUACGAAAAAAGGAAACAAAAACCCUAUCCUACAGGGCGUCAGCACUAUCAGUGUGUUUACCGAAUUGGUGCAUACUUUGGCUCUGUUGAGACGCUAUGUGGGACUGGAAAAUUUUUUGGAGCCCUUAGAGAAGGUUGGGUUGAACACUAACGAUCUGCGACUUGUUGAUGAGGCAGCUGCGACUGGCCUGGAUAAAUUCACUAUUUAUCCAACACUAGAAGAAUUGAAAAAGACCGAAAUCGAUCUCGAACCCAACAUUGUAAAUGGAGCGUUUUCCAGUGUUGAGCAUUACUUGAAAAUUCAACUUACCCUAUUGAAGGAAGAUUUCAUGAUACCCCUCAGGAAUGGUAUCGAAGCCUUCAAAGCUGGGGACGAAGAAUCCUUCAACAAUGAUGCAAGCCUAGAUGGCAUCCGCAUACACAAAUGUGUCAAACUAUUACUACCCUCGAAUGUGAACCGUCACUCUGCCAAGAAUGAGCUGAUCAUUGUUGAUCUGGAUCCAGAACAACGUGUUCUUGGAAAAUCUGAUGUAUAUAGAAAGAUGGCGCUUCACAAAUCAAAGCGCUUAAUGACUGGGUCGAUGAUUUGCCUGACAUCUAGUAUCGCUCUGGAGGAUUUGAUUGUGGCUGUAAUCAACCGUCGGGAUGAUAAGCAGCUGUCCAAUGGUUACGUUUAUAUCGAUAUUAUCAAUAUUGAAAACAUCCAGAACUUUUUCAAUCGAGAAUUAAUAAUGAUCGAAAGCGAAGUUUUCUUCGAACCAUACCACCAGGUGUUUAAUGUGUUGAAGAAUCUAAAUAAAGACACUUUCCCUAUGCAAACGUACAUCGUGGAAUGCUCCAACGAACACCGGCUUCCGGAUUACAUAUCUCGAGAGAAAAAACUCAUAUUUUCACACCGAGGUCAAGAGUACAAUGUGAGAGCACCGAGUGAAUGGCCAGCAACUGGUGAAAAUAUUGGUUUGAAUAAUUCCCAGUACGCGGCACUUAAGCUGGCACUGACUCACAAAUUUGCACUCAUACAGGGCCCUCCAGGAACAGGAAAGACGCAUACUGGCCUCGAAAUCAUGUCCGCCUUAUUGGCCAACACCGAUCAUCAAAUGCUUGUGAUAUGUCAAACCAACAAUGCACUUGAUCAACUGCUCUGCGGUUUACUGAAAUAUACAAAAAGUUUAGUGCGAAUGGGAAAGCAAUCGAAAAACGCCCUUUUGGACGCUUACAACCUGAACGAAUCAAUCGAUGGCGUUGAUUGGCGGUUGAGGAAACUCCACUACAAUACUAAACAAGAAUAUCUGAAGGUGAUGGAAGAGUUCGAGGAAAUCCAGCUAUUUGAUGAUAAUGAGAGCAUUGUGCAAAAGUUGAACCAGCUGCAAAAAAUAUCCUGUCGUAUGGACGAGGUGAACCACAUAAUCAAAUAUGAAAAGGUUAAAAGCUUCCGCGUUAUUGGCAUGACGACAACAUUCGCAGCACGUAACCACAAGAUGCUGCAAAUUUUACAGGCCCCGAUCGUACUGAUCGAGGAAGCAGCAGAAAUCUUGGAACCUCACAUAGUUGCCUCUUUAACGUCAGCUACCCAGCACUGCAUCUUGAUCGGGGAUCAUCAGCAGCUUCGACCAACGGUCGCUGUGUACGAACUUUCCAAGAAGUAUAAGAUGGACAUCAGUCUGUUCGAGCGGUUGAUCCGGAACCAGGCAAAUGCUGUCUGCCUUACCGAGCAGUACCGGAUGCGGCCGGAGAUAGCCGACCUUAUUCGACCGGUUAUCUAUUCUAAUUUACAGGAUAACGAAGGGAAUAAAAAUCGUUCUAAGAUCAAAGGCAUGCGGCAAAAUUUAUUCUUCUUCAAUCAUACGGUACCGGAAGACGGAGAUUCAGCUAGCGAUAAGAAAUCCAAGAAAAAUAGCUUCGAGUGGAAAUUCCUGAUGGCACUUUGCGAGUAUAUAGUAAAUCAGGGCUACGGACCUGCAGAUAUAGUUGUUCUAACCAUGUAUAACGAACAAAUGAAGCAGCUAAAAACUAAAUUCAAAAAGCUCGAAAAAUUGCGAAACAUUCGAAUAACAGUUGCCGACAAUUACCAAGGCGAGGAAGCCAAGAUAGUACUUCUGUCGUUGGUCCGCAGCAACCAAUCUCACAGCAUCGGAUUUCUCGCCAACGAUAAUCGAAUAUGCAUAGCCCUUUCGCGGGCCCGAGAUGGACUUUAUAUCGUGGGCAACAUGAACUUGCUAGCCCAAGCCAGUAAAACGUGGAAAGCAAUCCGUGCUCGGUUGGAAAUGCAUUCGGCCAUCGGUGAGGUGCUGGAGCUUAUGUGCGAGGAACAUGGAAGCUUAGCGCCGAUCAGCAAACCAGAAGAUUUUAAAGGUGUUAUUAUCGGUGGAUGCACGUGUGGAGCAGGGCUUGACAAUAGGCCUACAAGGAAAAAAAAAGCAGGACUUGAUACGUAACAGUUUUUAAAACACAUACAAUCACCUUUGUUGCAAAAAACAUGUUUACAUUUAUCACGAUUUAUGGUAUUGUGCUAACGAAUUGACUUAAUAAAACAGAAUUUUAUAUGAAAAC